AUGUUCUCCAACGCCGGACAGAUCGCUCUCACCCUUCUCGCCGCUGCCCCUACGGCAUUGGCCUGCCUGGGCUACACCGGCGGCCUUCCCAAGGCCACUGGGAAUGUGGCUCUGACUGCGCCCAUCUACGUCAAGGCUGGUCAGGUCUACGACGGUGGCUGGCGCAAGUUUGACAGAAACCCCAGCAGCUGUAAUGGCCAGAGUGAAGGUGGUGAGAAGGACACCGCUUUCGUUGUUGAGCGUGGUGGUACUCUCCGCAACGUCAUCAUCGGUAAGACCGUCGGUGAGGGUGUCUACUGCAAGGGUGGCGGCUGCAACCUCGAGUUCAUCUGGUUCGAGGACGUCUGCGAGGAUGCCAUCUCCAUCAAGGACGACCGUCCGGGAGAUGUCACCAACAUUAUUGGUGGUGGUGCCUACCACGCCUCUGACAAGGUGAUCCAGCACAACGGCUGCGGCCGUGUCAACAUCAUCAACUUCUAUGCCGAGAACUACGGCAAGGUCUAUCGCUCGUGCGGAACAUGCCAGAAGUGCGCCCGCGAAGUCUACGUCGAGGGUGUCACCGCCCGCAAGGGUGGCGAGGUUGUCGGCAUCACUAAGGCCAACGGUGACAAGGCCACCUUGGUGAAUGUCUGCACUGAUGCCAAGACCCCGUGUCAGAACUACAGCGGUCCUGGUGCCAAGGACGGCGCUUGCUAG